AUGGAAGUGGAAACGCUGAUCGGCAGCUCCAAGAUACUCAAAUAUUGGGCAAGUCUUUUGAUAGGAUUGGUGCUCUUUUUCUCCAUAAAAUAUUUCAUUAAAAAUCCCAAAAGAAAACCUCAAAAAAAAUAUACGCUAGACAAUGAAGAGGAUAUAGAAGUUGAAGAAACCGAUGAACUUCAGCCCGCCUUGGAAGAGAAGCCCCACCUUCCGUUUGUGGCCGGAAUAAACCUUAAUCCGAAUGGAGCUGAACGAUUCUACAGAUUAGUUCAGGGACGUCGCAGUAUUCGCUCCUUUAGGAGCCAGUCCAUACCAGAUCUGAGCAUUAUAGAGGACUGUAUCCGGGCAGCGGGAACAGCUCCCAGUGGUGCCCAUACGGAACCUUGGACAUUCUGCGUUGUGGAAAACUCGGAAGUGAAACAAUCCAUCCGCGAAAUCGUAGAACAGGAGGAGCUGAUGAACUACAGCCAGCGGAUGCAUCCGCAGUGGGUCACGGAUCUACGCCCCCUGCAAACCAAUCACAUUAAAGAGUACCUCACUGUUGCUCCAUAUCUGAUACUGAUCUUCAAGCAAACCUAUGGCUUAUCCCCGGAUGGACGUCGAAAGAGGCACUACUACAACGAGAUAUCCACGUCCAUAGCCGGAGGUAUUCUUCUGUGCGCCCUCCAGGCUGCUGGGCUAGCUUCCCUAGUCACGACUCCCUUGAACUGCGGCCCUGCUUUGAGAACCCUGCUCCAGCGACCGGUGAACGAGAAACUACUCAUCCUUCUGGCAGUCGGGUAUCCUGCCGAGGACUGCAAAGUUCCAGACUUACAGCGAAAAGAAUUGUCCAAAAUAAUGGUCAAAUAUUGAUUUAAUUAACAGUUUUUCAAAAUAUAAAUUUUACAAUAAACAAACCAAAUUACAUUUAAAACUAUACUAUAUAUAUCUAUGUUUAGUAGCUCUAUAUUUUAUAAAUUUACUUAAAACAAACAAUAUCCCUAAAAACUGUAAAGUUUUCAAAAACCUUAUAUCAUUUAUCAAAAUAUGAUCCAUUUUAACGACAAUUUCAAAUUCAGAGGAUCAAUUGUAAAAUAAAGUAUAAUAUUUAAACUUGUGAAAUUUUUUUUCCAAUUUGGUUUCAGCGAAAGCUUUGUUUUUUAACUUAAAAUUUAAAAUUUGUACAGUAUUUUUUAUUUUUUAGUAUAUUUGAAUUCUAAAAAUAGUUUAUGUUUUUACAACACUGGCAACUAUCGAUUUGAAUAUAUCGAUAUAUACAAAACUGUGUGACCAUUUUGCGACGCGUUUUCGGUGUUUCGGGAGAUUUUGACAAGCAAACGUAAGAAGAUAGCAGAAAGCGAAUUGAUCAAAGCGGAAAGUCGAAAAAGUAGUUCGGUGCUGUGUAAAAUAUUCAAUUCAAGUGCUGUAUUUUCCUGAACGCCUUUCGGCCCCGAAAAGUUGCAAAAGAACAGAGCAAAUGAAGUGGGCGGAAAAUUCCGAUUGCAACCGAGGUAGCUAAUAAGUGUCCGCGAAUGAGAGCGCAAAGCAGAUGGUGGAGAGCGUCCCGCGCAUCAGUGUGUGUGUGUAGAAAGCGGCGCUAAAAACCUUGUUGGCAUAUUAAAAACGCACGUAAUUCAAAAAACAUAAACAAAAGGAGUCAGGCCAAAGGAUAGGCCAUUGUGAAAUUAAGAAGAAAAAAAAAGGCUUGGCCAGAAUCGUGGGCAACAGUUGCAGAGGAGUAGAAACU